AUGGAUCCAGCGAGCGCGAUCGGCCGCACAAUAGACAGUACCGAUCGGGAGGAGCGGCAGAAGGGAGCGAAUGCGCCCGCCAAAUCCCAAGUGCCACGAACGCGAGUGCUUUAUGAUGCUGGACCAUGCGAGGCUUGCAGGCCCAAAAGCACAAACCGCGGCCUUCAUAUUGAACGCCACGAGUUGGGUCGCCUCCCACCGUGCGCGCCAACGCGGGCCGGGCACCGCCUCGCCGCCGGCUUCGGCGACGUGGUACUCUGCGUCGGGCGCACCGACGUGGACGCGCCCGCGCGCGACAUGCUGGUGGUCUCCCGCAACGCGAACCUCCGGGGGCUCGUGGACGUGGAGGAACGGUGCAGCUACGCUCCCCACCCGGAGCGGCCCGACGAGUGGACGCUGUUCCGGCAAGAGACGAGCAUCCGGUGCGCGCCGCUGGCAGCCGUGGCGGCCAGGGUGGCCGAGCUUGUGGAGCGGCGCUGCGCGGAGAGGUUCGCACAGAAUGCGGCCAAUGGGCGGGAGGUCGUGGAGAGGAUCUGCGAUGACCUCGCAGAGCAGAACUCGGUUCGCAGACCGAGGUAGAAAGCGGAACGUUGAUCAAGCGCGGUUCUUGCGAAUGCUGAUGUUUGUCAGUGUUUCGUGUGUGCAGAGUAGGUGAUAAUUGUAAUUACUCCACGUGAAUAAGAAGUGAAAAUUCCCAAUCUUCCCUGUUCAAAUCAUUUGCUCGAACGUGUAAGUUGACAGCGUUCUUGUAUGCCGACUUUGCUGAAGAGCGCGUACUGUGCAGCACAUCUAGCUCGAUACCCGGUGGCAUGUAUCUAGCACGAAAUUCUGUUCAAAUUUCUGAAGUUGGAAAGGCUGUCUGACAGGCUGAGUGUAUUUUGGAUCAACCUACAAAUCGUCUAAAAAAAGAUCAUGUACACAUCGAGCACACUGUAUGCCAGAAAGCAGCACCAGUUCGGUUAAAAAAACAGAAAGCAGCACCAACAGUUCGUGAUUCCAAGUGUCCCGGAUAGCUAUCUGCUAUCUGCCCCAACCAUCUAAGUGUCUGACUGAUCUGCUUCCGGUGGCAUGUACAACUUGGCGAUGUGUCGUUGGGCUAACGAUCCAAAUAUUAUCUCGCCGGAUAUGGCCUUCUUGGCUCUCAGGCUCCCGAGCUGAGGAUUGUUCGUCGACAAAGACAACCUACAAAAAAGUACGCUAUCUUGCUACUAUCUGGCUAGCUGCCCGACUGUCAGAUCACUUGAGCGGUGCUCGAGCUUAUCCUUUCGAGCAAUGGACCG